CAUUGACAUUUAUCAACGCGAAUGACACGUCAGUGAUAAAUUACAUUUCUUAAUUCUUUCAAAUAAUAAAUUAUAAUGAAGAUUUUAAUAAUUUUAGUUGUAACAGUUUAUUUCUCUUCUGCAUUAGCAGAACAAGAAACAUUAGUUUUAGUCGACAAUUUAAAUAUAAGGGAAACACAUUCUCAGUUUUUCAAAUCAUUGCAAGAUCGUGGUUAUACUCUUACGUAUAAAUUAGCCGACGAUGCUAAUCUCGUACUGUCAAAGUAUGGAGAGUAUUUGUACAAAAAUUUAAUUAUAUUCUCACCAUCCGUGGUCGAGUUUGGUGGACAAAUAGAUACGGAAACCAUAACUAAGUUCAUCGAUGAUGGAGGAAAUUUGCUCAUGGCUGGCAAUGCUGCUGCCGGUGAUGUAUACAGAGAAAUUGCUUCCGAAUGUGGUUUUGAGAUGGAUGAAGAGUCAGCAGCAGUGAUUGAUCAUUUCAACUAUGAUGUUUCUGAUGAGAGUGACCACACUAGGAUAGUGGUGGCACCGAAAAACUUAAUUAAUGCACCAACAAUUGUGGGGGUUCAGAACACCCAGCCUCUCCUGUUUGAAGGGACUGGACUCAUAUUGGACAGGGACAACAGUUUGGUGCUCCCAAUAUUGACUGCUGAUAGUACUGCAUACAGUUAUAAUCCCAAGAGUCAGGUGAAAGAGUAUCCUCAUGCUGUGGGCCGCAAGACGGUUCUCAUUGCAGCACUGCAGGCCAGAAACAAUGCUCGCAUUGUUUUCAGUGGAUCACUGUUCUUCUUCUCUGAUGAAGCAUUCAAUUCACCAGUUUCCAAAGUGCAUGGUGACAAGGUGAAGUCAGAUGUGUCUGGCAACAAAGCAUUGGCGAUCCACUUGAGCCAGUGGGUGUUUGGAGAACGCGGCCGCCUACGAGUUCGCAGUGUGCAGCACAACAGGGAGGGCGAGAAGGAAUCCUCUAACACCUACACUAUCACUGACACUGUUGUGUACAGAAUUGAGAUUGAAGAAUUGAAGCAGGGCAAAUGGCAGCCAUUUAAAGCUGAUGAUGUGCAGCUGGAGUUUGUCCGCAUUGAUCCCUUCGUACGCACCACACUGAAGAACAAAGGCAAUGGAGUGUAUGAAGCUGUCUUUAAAGUUCCAGAUAUCUGGGGUGUAUAUCAGUUCAAAGUGGAUUAUGACAGAGUGGGUUACACAAGGCUUUACCAUUCUACACAGGUGUCAGUGCGUCCAUUACAGCACACACAAUAUGAGCGGUUCAUACCCAGUGCAUACCCUUACUAUGUGAGCGCAUUCUCCAUGAUGAUCGGCGUGUUUCUCUUCUCCUUCGUCUUCCUUUACUACAAGGAGGACACACCUAAGUCUAAGAGUGAAUAAGCAAAUUCAAUUACUUACCUUUUAUAUGUCACGAAAGUAGUUAAUAUUUUUUUUUAUUGUAAAUGGCAUAGUGUGUGUGAGUUGUAUGUAUUGUCACUAAAAUUAUGUUAUUUAAUUUCAUGGUAAUAAAGAUUAUUUCCUUAUUUUUAUUA